AUGACCCUUAAUCAACUGCCGAUUGCACAUGGUGCCUCUUUCGACUCUAAGGCCGAAGAACACAAUCCGACAUGCUUGCCCAACACACGUCAGGAACUUCUCGACGAUAUCGACCACUGGAUUGACGACUCCAACUCGAAAACAGUAUACUGGCUUAACGGUAUGGCAGGAACUGGAAAGUCAACUAUCUCGCGGACUGUUGCACAUUCACGAUCAGAACGAGGUGAUCUCGGUGCCAGCUUCUUUUUCAAGAGAGGAGAGAUGGAUCGAGGAAAUCUCAAGAAGUUAAUGUCGACUCUGGCCUACCACCUGGCCUUGAGCAUACCAGGAGUUGCAUCCUUCAUCAAGAAGGCACUUGACGCCAAUCCAGCCAUUGUGGAAAAGUCCGUGAAGGAGCAGUUUGAAAAGCUCAUCAAGGAACCGCUACGUGAGGCAGCGGCAACGGCGACAACCCCGUCAUCGGUCGUGAUGGUGAUCGACGCGCUAGACGAGUGCGAUCAAGAGGCUGACAUCAGGUUGCUGAUCAAUAUCUUCUCGCAAACCAAAACUGCACGUCCCCAAUUUCGGGUACUCUUGACGAGCAGGCCAGAGCUUCCGGUUCGACUGGGGUUCAGCGAGGUCCGGGGUUCCUAUCAAGACCUGGUUUUGCACGACAUGCCAACGCAGAUCGUCGAACACGACAUGAUUGUCUUUUUAGAGGAUGAAUUUAAGAAAAUCCGACACGACUUUAACCUGAUUGUGGGUGAUGAAAGGAAGCUGCCACCGGACUGGCCAGGCCGCCCAAUAAUACAAAGUCUCGCACAGAUGGCUGUUCCGCUCUUCAUCUUUGCAGCAACUGUUUGCCGGUUUAUUGGCGAUUAUCGCCGGAGAAACCCUCGAGCACGAUUGCAAACUGUGUUGGAUCAUGGGAAUAGAAGUCAUGGAUCCCAACUCGAACAAACCUAUACACCGAUAUUAUGCUCACAAAUCACCGAACUGCCAAAAGGAGAGAGAGAGGUGAUCAUCAAAGACUUCAGAGUAAUUGUUGGCAGCAUCGUUACCCUUGCAAGUCCUCUAUCGGUAGCAGCACUGUCACGAUUGAUUGAAAUCCUGCCUGAUGCUGUGGAUGAAAGAUUAGAUGCACUGCAUUCCGUCUUGAGUAUUCCGCUGGAACGAACUAUGCCUGUGCGACUGCUGCAUCUGUCAUUUCGAGACUAUCUUGUUGACCCAGAAAACAAAGAGAGGAUGGAGUUCUGGGUGGAUGAGAAACUUGCUCACCGAAGACUGGUAAAACACUGCCUGCGCGUUAUGCGUAGCGCCCUGCGUAAGAACAUUUGUAGCCUCUCUUUCCCAGGUAUGGAGCGAUCUGCAGUGGGCGUUCGGCAGCUCGAGGAAUGCAUACCUCUAGAACUUCAAUAUGCAUGUAUGAACUGGGUCCAUCACCAGACCAAGGUCGAAUUCGAGCCGAAUGACAGCAACGACAUGUACGAUUUCUUGAAAACAUAUUUCCUUUAUUGGCUGGAAGCAUUGAGCUUCAUGGGAAGGGUAUCAGAGAGUAUCGGAUUCAUAGACGAGCUACAGAGCAUAGUCGAUCCCGAAAAAAGUGCCCAAGUGCUUAGUUUCUUGUAUAACGCGAAACGGUUCGUGCUCAACUGCCGCUGGAUAAUCGACACGGCACCCCUCCAGCUCUACGCCUCUGCAAUUGUGUUUGCGCCAAAGCAGAGUUUCAUACGACGGACAUUCGAACAUUAUCUCCCCAGGUGGAUUUCCCUACUCCCAAACGUAGACUCCGAUUGGGGUGUAGUUUUACAAACACUUGAGGGUCGUACGAGUUCGGUCAACUCUGUGGUGUUUUCGAACGAUGGCACACUCAUCGCAUCAGGAUCAAAUGAUAUGACCGUCAAGAUAUGGAAUGUGGCAACGGGUGAAGAGCAACGGACUCUUGAGGGUCAUACAGAUUCGGUCAGGUCUGUGGUGUUUUCAAAGGACGGCACACUCAUCGCAUCAGGAUCAUAUGAUAAGACCGUCAAGAUAUGGAAUGUGGCAACGGGCAUUAACGUCAAGAGUUUUGACACGAGCCAAUCCACCAAUGUCUUAUCUUUUACUGACGACGAUUCGGUUUUAGUCACAAGUACAGGCCGUUUCAGCCUCGAUUUUGGGACCAUCAGUAUGUCACACUCGAGCAAGAGCGAGCCAAAGCUGGGCAGUACGGAGGUCCAAGGAGAAGUGGAUGCCAGAUUAGGCUUCGGGAUCAAUCACGACCACACAUGGAUUACAGCGGGUGGAGCUGAUGGAAGGAAAGCUUUAUGGCUCCCACAGGAUUUCCGGCCUGGUGUAUCGGCAACUUUAGCUGAAACUUCAGGAUCUGUUAUUGCUAUUGGCUGCCCGUCAGGAAGAGUGGCCAUCGUGGGUUUUAGGGAAUUAUCAUUCUCGGAUCAAGUUUAG